GAAGCGGGAGGCGUCGAAGCACCGUACGACGUCCACAAUCCCACAGCACGCCCUCAAUCGGGACAGCCAUGUUCGACCCGGAGCGAUGGCCAUCGCCAUCUUCCUCAUCCCUCUCUACAUUGGGUUUCUGAUCGUGCUCUGCUCGGCACCGCUGGCGGAUUCUCGCGCUGUCUUCUUCGCAGAUGGAUCUCCAGCAAAAUACGAGGCUUCAGUAGCCGAUGAAUUCGGAAUCGACGAAGGGCCCGCGACAUUUACGAUGCAAGACCACUUGAAUUUUUUGUUCUCCACCACGCAGUGCAGAGUUGGGUCUCUGGUAUUCUCAGGCUCAUGGAGCACCGAGUUUGACCAGAGAAAGGGAAUUGGAGAGACGAAGGACAAGUGGCACGGCAACAGGGUCAAUGGAAGCAUCACAUCGCUUGGAAUCAGACGAAGAGGACGAGCCCCUCUCUGAGGAGGAUUACGAUGACAGCCAAGCCAACGAGCGCUUACACUUUUCUCCAUUCACGUAAUGUGAUGCUGUAGAAUACAGAAGUGUACCGAAAGGUUCAGUAAAGUGGUGGUCAAGCGCCAUGAAACCAAAUUCUCUCGGGUUCACAGGAAUCGAGAGCAUGUACAGAAACCCCCCAGAAACGUCAUGUCAUGAAGUUGUGCCUGUUGUGGGUGCAAAUGUAAUUAGUGUUCAGAGAUCAACUAAUCGCACUGCAACUAUGAUUUGUCUGCUGGAUUGGUGUUCCAUCAUGACCGUGUUGUAAGAAUGGGCUCGGAGUCCUUGUUGAGAACAUGUUUUAUCAGUGUUACCAGUGUGUGCAUCUUUGCUGCAAAGCAUGAGCGCACAGACUGAGAACUUUAAACUUGCUGAAA